AUGCUACAGCUGUUCUUGGAGGGAUUAAUUGGGUUCUUGGAUCAAUCACCACUUGCACGCAUCAACUCACGACCUUCAGUUUACAAGACUUCCAAAUACUCACCAUCUCCUGUUUACAAAUCUCCAAACUAUUCUCCUUCUCCUAUCUACAAAUCACCUGAAUACUCACCCUCCGUCAAAGACAAGUCACCAACAUAUUCUCCAUCUUUAGAUUACAAAACUCCUUACUACUCUCUCUCACCUAUGAAAAAUUCUCAAUACUAUUCUCCUUUUGCAAUAUACAAAUCACCAAUAAAUUCACCAUCCUCUGAAUUUGAGUCACCAAAAUACUCUCCCUCUUCUGAUUACAAGACUUCUAAUUACAACCCGUCUCCUGUUUACAAAUUCUUAUACUAUUCUCCUUCUCCAGUGUACAUAUCACCUGAAUACUCGUCUUCCUCUGAAUACAAGUCACCAACAUAUUUUCCAUCUUAUAAUUACAAAACUCCUUACUACUCACCGUCAUCUAUGAAAAAAAUUUCAUACUAUUUUCCAUCUCCAUUAUACAAAUCACCGGAAAACUCACCAUCUUCUAAGUUACUGACAAAUACAUACACUUUUAGUUACAAGACACCAAUUUAUUCUCUAUCUCCUAUUAACAAGGCAUAA